CCAAGCUCAGAAAAUUCUUGGCUUACCGGGGGCAGGGAAUGGGGCUUCUUGAAUGGAAGAAGCUAUUUUCCUCUUUUACACAGACUUUGGGUAAUUCCACUCCCUUUUCUCUGCCAAGCUUUAUCUUUGCCUAAGAAUUCGCACCAGUCCCCAGGGCCCCCUACACAGCUGCAGCUGUUUCUCUCUUCAUUGAUGGGCCGAGAUGCGGCUGCUCCUGUUCGUGCCCCUGCUGCUGGCCCCGGCGCCCGGGUCCUUGGCUCCCAAGGUGAGGCGACAGAGUGACACCUGGGGCCCCUGGGGCACCUGGAGCCCCUGCAGCCGGACCUGCGGAGUGGGCAUCAGCUUCCGGGAGCACCCCUGCUUCUCCCAGAGGAGAGAUGGAGGCUCCAGCUGCGUGGGCCCCGCCCGGAGCCACCGCUCUUGCCACACGGAGAGCUGCCCCGCGGGCACCAGGGACUUCCGGGCUGAGCAGUGUUCCCAGUUUGACGGCCAGGACUUCCAGGGAAGGCGGUACAAGUGGCUGCCCUACUAUGGAGCCCCGAACAAGUGCGAACUGAACUGCAUUCCCAAGGGGGAGAACUUCUACUUCAAGCACAGGGAGGCUGUUGUGGACGGGACGCCCUGUGAGCCUGGCACCCGGGAUGUCUGUGUGGAUGGCAGCUGCCGGGUCGUCGGCUGUGACCACAACCUCGACUCCUCAAAGGAGGAGGACAAGUGUCUGCAGUGUGGGGGUGACGGCACGACCUGCUACCCCGUCACGGGCACCUUUGAUGCCAAUGACCUCAGCAGAGGCUACAACCAGAUCCUCAUAAUUCCCACGGGGGCCACCAGCAUCCGCGUGGAGGAGGUGGCGGCCAGCAGGAAUUUCUUGGCGGUGAAGAGCGUGCACGGCGAAUACUACCUCAAUGGUCACUGGACCAUUGGGGGCGCCUGGGCCCUGCCCGCGGCCAGCACCGUCCUGCACUACGAGCGCGGGGCCGAGGGGGACCUGGCGCCUGAGCGGCUCCUCGCUCGUGGUCCCACCUCUGAGCCCCUGGUCAUCGAGCUCCUCAGCCAGGAGCCCAACCCCGGCGUGCACUACGAGUACCACCUGGCCCUGGGCAGCCCCCGGCCCGGCUUCCGCUGGAGCCACGGCUCGUGGAGUGACUGCAGCGCCGAAUGCGGUGGAGGUCACCAGUCCCGCCCGGUGUUCUGCACCACUGACAACGAGGUAUACCCUGACCACAUGUGCCAGCAUCAGUUGCGGCCGGCUGACCGCCGCCCCUGCAGCACUCACCCCUGCCCGCAGACCAAGCGCUGGAAGACGGGGCCCUGGUCGCCCUGCUCGGCUUCCUGUGGUGGUGGCUCCCAGUCCCGCUCUGUCUACUGCAUCUCGUCUGAUGGGGCUGGCGUCCAGGAGGCCGCCGAGGAGGCAGAGUGUGCAGGCCUGCCUGGGAAGCCCCCCACCACGCGGGCUUGCCACCUGCAGCGCUGUGCAGCCUGGAGGGCAGAGCCCUGGGGAGAGUGCUCCGUCAGCUGCGGUGCUGGCGUCCGGAGGCGGAGCGUCACUUGCCGGAGUGAUGAGGGGUCUCUGCUCCAUGCUACAGCGUGCUCCUCGGAGGACCGCCCCCCCAUCACUGAACCCUGUGUGCGUGAAGACUGUCCCCCCAUCCAUGACCAGGCCUGGCAUGUGGGCGCCUGGGGCCUAUGUUCCAAGAGCUGCAGCGGGGGGACUCGGAGGCGCCAGGUCCUCUGUGCCCUCGGGCCGGCCAGCCACUGCGGGAGCCUGCAGCUGUCCAAGCCCGGGGAGGUGGAGCCCUGUAACUCACAGCCCUGCCAUCUUCCUCCAGGCCCAGGGGAGCCACUGAAAGCUUUGGAGCUCAACGGUGAUACCAUGAAAGGUCUUGAGGAGGGCAGGCAUGGCGCCUGCCUGAGGGCCAGACUGAAGUGGAGCCGGUUGGAGCGGGAGCCUGAAGUCCCCAGCAUGCAGGACGUGCACAUCAGUUCCAGGGAUCCCCGGAUGUCUUUGGGCCCUCGGGUGGCCCCCACCUCAGAUUCCAGAGACCAGUGGUGGCUCCCCCAGGAGCAACCCUCAGUCCAGGGUAAUCCCAGAGGAGCCCAGGGCCUUCACCUGCCAGGCCUAGCUCCCUCUCUGCCGCGGUCCCCACAAUGGCAGCCCCUGUGGUCUGGCUUGGCACCUCAAGACUGCAGACAGAGCCCCUAUGGGUGCUGUCCUGACGGCCACACCAUAUCUCUUGGGCCGCAGUGGCAGGGCUGCCCUGGAACCUCAUGUCAGCAGAGCAGGUACGGGUGCUGCCCCGACGGGGUGUCUGUGGCUGAGGGGCCCCAGCACGCCGGCUGCGCAGGGUCUUACAGCAGUGACAACGCCAGGCGAAGGCCGGGGUCAAGAGCAGUGGCUUCCUCGGCUCCCAUGGCCCGCCGGCCCCAGGCUCAGCAAAACGAGCCCCCUGAGUGCCGGGGCUCCCAGUUCGGCUGCUGCUAUGACGGAGUGGCCUCUGCGGCUGGCCCUCUUGGGGAAGGCUGCGGGGGCCAGCCUGGCUACGCCUACCCUGUGCGGUGCCUGCUGCCCAGCGCCCAUGGCUCCUGCGCGGACUGGGCCGCCCGCUGGUACUUCGUCCCCUCUGUGGGCCAGUGUAACCGCUUCUGGUACGGCGGGUGCCAUGGCAACGGCAAUAACUUUGCCUCUGAGGAGGAGUGCAUAAGCAGCUGCCGGGGGCCGCACGCUGGGCCCCGCCGGCCCGAGCCGGGGGCUUCUGGCCCGAGCGCCCGCGCAGACGGUGGCGGCAGCGGUCCCGGAGGCCAGCAGGAGGCCAGCUGGCCCAGGACGGGGGCCACAGUCCCGACGAAGCUCUUGCCUUCCGGUGGCCUCGGGUGGCGAGAAGACCAAGAGCUUGGGUCAAGGAAGGAGUCCCACACGCAGGCGUUUGGAGAACGGCCCUGGGGCGCGGAGCUCGGGCCCCGAGUCCCUGGCCUGGGUGGAGAUGCCCGGCGACCAGUGCCGCCCUCCCACAGCUCCCCCUACAGGGUCAGCUUGGCAGGCCCGGAGCCGUCCCUGGUGCAGGCCCCCCGGGGGCAGUUGGUGCAGCUCCUCUGCCAAGAUGACACGUCCCUGGAGCCCCACGCCAGGUGGCAGAAAGACGGGCAGCCCAUCUCCUCCGACAGGCACAAGCCGCAGCCUGAUGGCUCCCUGGUCAUCAGUCCCCUGUGGGCAGAGGAUGCUGGCAUCUACAGCUGUGGCAGCAGCCGGCCAGGCCGUGACUCUCAGAAGAUCCAGCUUCGUGUCACAGGGGCUGAUGUGGCCGUGCUGUCUGCGGCUGAGCCAAGGCACUUCCCUCAGACCAGGGACCCAGCCCAGGGCCACAGUCCUCGGGACUCCAGCCUAGUGGGGGACAGAGGAAGCCUAGGGGCCGUCUCCUCCUUGCAGCCUUGGCCCACGACCAGGCUGCUUCUGGACAGGAACCAGCCUGGGGUGGUGGACGCCCAACCAGGCCAGCGGAUCCGGUUGACCUGCCGUGCUGAGGGCUUCCCGCCCCCAGCCAUUGAGUGGCAGAGAGACGGGCAGCCCCUCUCCUCCCCCAGACACCAGCUGCAGCCCGAUGGCUCUCUGGUCAUCAACCAUGUGGUUGCGCAAGAUGGUGGCUUCUAUGCCUGUGUUGCUUUCAACGGGCGGGACCGAGACCAGAGAUGGGUCCAGCUCAGAGUUCUGGGGGAGCUGACCAUCACAGAGCUGCCCUCCACUAUGAUGGUGCCAGAAGGGGACACAGCCAGGCUGCUGUGUGUGGUGACAGGAGAAAGCGUAAACAUCAGAUGGUCCAGGAACGGGCUGCCGGUGCGGGCUGAUGGGCAUCGCAUCCACCAAUCCCCAGAUGGCACGCUGCUGAUCCACAACCUGCAGGCCAGAGAUGAGGGCUCCUACACGUGCAGUGCCUACCGUGGAAGCCAGGCAGUGAGCCGCAGCACCGAGGUGAAGCUGGUCCCACCGGCACUGCCCGCCCAGCCCAGGGCCCUCGGCAGGGAGUGUGCAGAUCAGCCUGAGCUGGCCAACUGUGAUCUGAUCCUGCAGGCCCAGCUCUGUGGCAAUGAGUACUACUCCAGCUUCUGCUGUGCUAGCUGUUCCCGCGUCCGGCCUCACGCUCAGCCUGUCUGGCGGCAGGGAUGAAGGCUAGCUGCAGCCCCAGUCCUGAAACAACUCCCGGUCCGUGGCCUCUGGCUGCCAACGGGCUCUACCCUUCAGAGAGAGAAUGGGACUCUCGGCCCGCCGCGCCUCAGCAGCCGCCGGCACCACAGGUCGCUGGCACGAGGAGUCUGCUUGGAUAAGCACACCCUUUACGGCUUCCCUCUAUCAUUUGUUAUACAGGAUCAAUUCAAUGGGUUCUAAAGCAAGCUACCAGGGUUCUCGAUUCAUUUAAAGCUGGGUGGGGAGGUGUGUGAUGGUUUCAAAGUUAACAUGUAUCUCACACAGGGCACACUCGUUCCUGCCGUGUCGGGCAAUUUUUCUCUGUUAGAACUCCCAUCUCGUCUAGGGUCAAACAGUGGUUCACUGCUUUAGUCGUCAACCUCACCCUUCCAGGCAGUGUGGCAAUCAAUCAGCUUCAACUCCCACCUAUAUGUCCAGUUAAUGGCAUGUUUGUGAAAGCUCUUGCCAAAGAGGAAUAUGGCACAUAACACUCAGUACAGGGAUCUGGGAUGGAGGAGCAGCAGCUCAUGAUGGGAGCAUGCCAGAAGUGGGGGGGGGGGGGGGCUCCUUACUUUCCUCAGGAAGCUAGUGCCCGAAGCCCUCCUCCUGAGGCCAACAUGCAGAGCCUGUUUAUGAGGAUCACCUCACCCCUGCAUCAAGCUGACCUGCUAUGUACAGUGACCAGCUGGGAGCCUCUCCUCCCCAAGCAGGAAUCUGUGAGGCAGAACCAGACUAUUAAAAACACGCAUCAGCAGGAUAAGGGAGCAAAGGAGGGGAAGGCAAUACAUUAACAACGAAGUGGUUUCAGAAAUGGUUUGAGUAGGAAGAAGUCCUCCUCCAUCUCUCAGAACCUCCAGUUCCUCGCUGCUAAACAAGAGGCCUGGAUUCAAUGAGCUUCCAGGUCCCCUUCCACUUUAACCUUCUACACAUCCUCCAGAGGACUGGCUGGACCUAAGUGACAGGUUAUUCUGGGACAUAGGCAUUACAGAGAAAGCUUUUACUACCAGCACACUGGCUGGAAAAGAGACAAACUGCAUCAUGGGUGAGUGAUACUUCUUGGUCUACCUCUCAUUCAACACAGGAAACAUGGGUUAGGGGCAGAGGUGUUUUUAUCUUUCCACUUAAAAAAAUACAGAGGAGUAUCUCCUUUCAUUUACCGUGGCUGGUUUUGCUAUACGAACUGGAAACUAAGGGCUACUUUCUCGGACUCCCCAGUUCUCGCCAACUGGCAACAUCAUUCAGAAGUAAGUCUGAGGUUAGCUAGCUCUUCUCAGAACUAGUGACAGAGUAGUGGGCUAAGUACAGGAGAGUAACACUCAAGCUAGACCAGUGGUUCUCAACCCUAUUCCAUAUUGGGAACUUGAAAAACAAA